ACUGAGCGUCUCCAAAGUUUCACCGGCCUCCCGUUUCUUCGCCUCAGCUGCACGUUUGCUUGUUGAUCAAACGAGCGACCACCGACGCACAGACGGCACCGACGUGACGCACGGAGACGCACGGAGACGCAGCGGGGCGCGCGGAGGAGUCUGAGCUCCUGGAGGAGCAGAGCUGGAAGUUUUUAAAGGACCCGUGAAACAAAGAGUGGAUAACUACUGUAGCUCCACACUGACUGACUGACUGACUGACUGUCCUCCAGCCUGCAGCCGCUCAGCAGGAACAUGAUGGACUGAAACUCUCGGACCCGCUUCUCUUUUUGUUUUCCGUCGCUCGGAACCGAACUCGCAACACAUGAGGUGGAUCGACGGGACGCGCGGUUUGCACACAGUGAAUCCCCGGGGAUUAAGAUAACGAGGGGCCAUGGACAACUUCUUCACGGAGGGUGACCGGGUGUGGUUACGGGAGGAUGAGCAGUAUCUUCCCAGCACCGUGUCCUCGUGCUCUGGAGGCGUUGUUGUCUUCGCCACAGACUACGGCCAGGUGUACACCUACAAGCAGAAUGCCCUCACCCGACAGAAGGUGCAGCCCAUGCACCACAGCAGCAUCAGGGGGGUGGAGGACAUGGCGACCCUCGAGGACCUUCACGAUGGCGCCAUCAUGCACAACCUCUUCCUGCGCUACCAGCAGAGAAACAUCUAUACGUACAUCGGCUCCAUCCUGGCGGCGGUGAACCCUUACCAGCAGCUCCCCGGCCUGUACGACCGGCCCGCCGUGGAGACGUACAGCCGACACCACCUGGGUGAAAUCUCGCCGCACAUCUUCGCCGUCGCUAACGAGUGCUACCGCUCGCUGUGGAAGAGGCUGCAGAGCCAGUGUGUCCUGAUCAGUGGAGAGAGCGGCGCUGGAAAAACAGAAAGCACCAAGCUGAUCCUGAAGUUCCUGUCCUGCAUGAGCCAGCACUCCCUGGAGGUGUCGUCCAGAGACGGGACGUCCCACGUGGAGGAGGCGCUGCUGCAGAGCAGUCCCAUCAUGGAGGCCUUUGGAAACGCCAAGACGGUCUACAACAACAACUCCAGCCGCUUCGGGAAGUUUGUCCAGCUGCAUUUCAGCCAGAAGGGCAACAUCCAGGGCGGCCGGAUCGUUGACUACCUCUUAGAGAAGAACCGAGUGGUCCGACAGAACCCGGGGGAGAGAAACUACCACAUCUUCUACGCUCUGUUAGCAGGAACCAACAGCCAGCAGAAAGAGGCGUUCGGACUGAGCCAGCCCGACAGCUACCACUACCUGAGACAGUCCAGCUGCAGCGCCGACAAGACAAUCAACGACCACGGCACUUUUCAGGAUGUUCUGGGCUCCAUGAGAACCAUGCAGUUCACGGAGGAGAACAUCGGGGAGAUUCUGCGCCUCCUGGCCGGGAUCCUCCACGCCGGGAACAUCGAGUUCAUGACGGCCGGAGGAGCUCAAGUCUCCUCCAAAUCAGCUCUCAGCCGGACGUCCGACCUCCUGGGGCUGAACUCGGAUCAGCUGGCCGAGGUCCUGACCCACCGGUCCAUGAUCCUCAGGGGCGAGGAGAUCUCCACGCCGCUCACUGUGGAGCAGGCGGUGGACUCCAGGGACUCGAUGGCGAUGGCACUUUAUUCUCAGUGUUUCAACUGGAUCAUCUGCAAGCUCAACACGCGCAUCCGGGGCAGAGAAGACUUCAAGUCCAUCAGCAUCCUGGACAUCUUCGGAUUCGAGAACUUUGAGGUCAACCGCUUCGAGCAGUUCAACAUCAACUAUGCAAACGAGAAGCUUCAGGAAUAUUUUAACAAGCACAUUUUCUCCCUGGAGCAGCUUGAAUACAACAAGGAGGGGCUGGUUUGGGUCGACAUCAACUGGAUGGAUAACGGAGAGUGUUUGGAUCUGAUCGAGAAGAAACUGGGUCUCCUGGCACUGAUGAACGAGGAGAGUCACUUCCCCAAAGCCACAGACGACACCUUACUGGAGAAGCUGCACGGCCAGCACUCGAAAAACUCUUUCUAUGUGAAGCCGCGCGUUGCUGUGCACUACUUUGGAGUCAGACACUAUGCAGGAGAGGUGGUGUACGACGUGAGGGGGAUGCUGGAGAAGAACAGAGACACUUUCAGAGACGACAUCCUCAACCUGCUGAGGGAGAGCAGGUUGGACUUUGUCUACGACCUGUUCGAACACGUACUGAGCCGGAACAAACAGGACACUCUGAAGAGCAGCGUCAAGCACAGACGGCCCACCGUCAGCUCCCAGUUUAAGGUCUCUUUACACUCCCUGAUGGCCACACUCAGCACUGCUGACCCAUACUUCAUCAGAUGCAUCAAACCAAAUAAACACAAGAUGCCUGACCAGUUCGACCAGACGUUGGUUCUGAACCAGCUCAGAUAUUCCGGCAUGUUGGAGACGGUCAAGAUCCGACGCACCGGCUUCCCCGUGAGGAGACCUUUCCAGGACUUCUGCUGCAGGUACAAGGUGUUGAUGCGAGGCGUGAUGCUGCCCGAUGAUCCCAGAGGCAGCUGCAUCCAGCUGCUGCACCUGUACGACAGCAGUGGAGCCGAGUGGCAGCUGGGAAAGACCAAGGUGUUUCUUCGGGAGUCUCUGGAGCAUCGGCUGGAGAAGCAGAGGGAGAUGGAGGUGCUGAAAGCCGCCAUGAUCAUCCAGGCUCACGUCAUGGGCUACAUGGCCAGGAAGCAGUACAGGAAGCUGCUGCAGUGCAUUGUGGUCAUUCAGAAGAACUACCGGGCUUUCUACUGGAGGAGGAAGUUCCUGCUCCUCCGCUGGGCAGCGCUCACCUUCCAGAAACGUGUGCGAGGCCAGCUGGCCCGCCGGGCCUACAGCCAGCUGCAGGAGGAGAGGAGGAGGAGGAGGGAGGAGGACGAGUGCCGCCGCAGGGUGGAGGAGGAGAUGGAGAGGGAGAGACUGAGGCUGGAGGCUGAGCGACUCGCCAGAGAGGCUGAGGAGGCCAGACGACUGGAGGAGCUCCAUCGCCUUGAGGAGUUGGCCUCUCAAUCUCUGCCUCAGCCUGCAGUCGCUGCUGCAACAUCAGCGAGCGUCUCGGAGGAGCUGGAGUCAUCGGAGGCCCUCGAGGAGGAAGUCCGUCCUCAUGAAGCCACUCAGGUGGAGGAGAUCCUGCGUCUGGAGCGGGAGAUCCAGGCGCUGCAGAGGCAGAAGGAGCGUCAGGAGCUCUCUCUGACCGAGGCCUCCCUCAACCGCCUGCAGCUCCUGCGUGACCAGGAGCUCCGGCGUCUGGAGGACGAAGCCUGCAAGGCGGCGCAGCAGUUCCUCGACUCGCUGAACUUUGACGAGAUCGACGAGUGCGUGAGGAACAUCGAGAGUUCGCUGGGAGUCAGCGAAGAGGAGGAGAAGGAGAAAGAGUCUGGACGGAGGAAAGACGAGGAAGAGGUCGAUGAAGGGUUUGGGGCUGACGACGAGGCGUUCAAAGACUCACCGAACCCGAGUGAGCACGGCCACUCAGACGGCCAGCGGACGAGCGGGAUCCGAACAAGCGACGACUCGUCUGAAGAAGAUCCCUAUGCCAACGAUGGCGUGAUCCCACCGCUGCCUCCAAACACCCUGCUCCACCCGCCGCUGCCUUUACCACCGGUGCCCCCCGCCUGCCACAGCGCCUCCUCCAGCGGGGACUCGGCCUACUGCCACCCCAAGGCUUCAUCUGAGGCUCCUUCAGAUGACAUGGUGGAGCUCAUUCCGCCGGACGAGGAUUCGGACUACGACCAGGACGACUACGACGAAGGCGCCAUCGUGUCCAGUGGCAGCGUGGCCUUCUCCAACCCUCGCAGCGGCCAGUGGUCUCCCGACUACCGCGGAUCUGUGGGAACCUACAACAGCUCGGGGGCUUAUCGCUUCAGCUCGGAGGGCGCUCAGUCAUCGUUCGAGGACAGCGAAGACGACUUCGACAGGUUCGACACCGACGACGAGCUGUCGUAUCGGCGGGACUCGGUCUACAGCUGCGUCACGCUGCCGUACUUCCACAGCUUCCUCUACAUCAAAGGCGGCCUGAUGAACACGUGGAAGCGGCGCUGGUGCGUUCUGAAGGACGAGACCUUCCUGUGGUUCCGGGCCAAGCAGGAGGCUCUGAAGCAGGGCUGGCUGCACAAGAAGGGAGGCGGCUCGUCCACGCUGUCCCGCCGCAACUGGAAGCGCCGCUGGUUCGUGCUGCGGCAGAGCAAGCUCAUGUACUUUGAGAACGACGGCGAGGACAAGAUGAAGGGCGUGCUGGACAUGCACAGUGCCAAAGAAAUCAUCGAUAACACCGGGAAGGAGAAUGGCAUCGACAUCGUGAUGCCGGAGAGGACCUACCACCUGAUCGCAGAGUCUGCUGAGGACGCCAGCCAGUGGUUCAGCGUCCUGAGUCAGGUCCACGGCUCGACAGAACAGGAGAUCAGAGAGAUGCACGACGAGCAGGCCAACCCGCAGAACGCCGUGGGAACGCUGGAUGUCGGCAUGAUCGAUUCAGUUUGUGCUUCCGAUAAUCCAGAGAGGCCGAACUCCUUCGUCAUGAUCACGGCGAACCGCGUGCUGCACUGCAACGCCGACACGCCCGAGGAGAUGCACCACUGGAUCACCCUGCUGCAGCGCUCCAAAGGAGACACCCGGGUCGACGGACAGGAGUUCAUCAUCCGAGGCUGGUUACAGAAAGAGAUGAAGAACAGUACCAGAGCCUCGCUGAAGCUGAAGAAACGCUGGUUCCUGCUCACCCACAAUUCUCUGGACUACUACAAGAGCUCAGAGCGUAACGCCCUGAAGCUGGGAACGCUGGUUCUGAACAGCCUGUGCUCAGUGGUCCAGCCGGACGAAAAGGUCUUCAAAGAGACCGGCUACUGGAGCGUGAUCGUGUACGGCCGUAAACACUCGUACCGUCUCUACUGUAAGCUGCUGAACGAGGCCACGCGUUGGGCCAACGCCAUCCAGAACGUCAUCGACACCAAAGCUCCCAUCGACACGCCGACCCAGCAGCUCAUCCAGGAUAUCAAGGAGAACUGUCUGAACUCGGAGGUGGUGGAGCAGAUCUACAAGAGGAACCCCAUCCUCCGCUACAGCCACCACCCGCUGCACUCACCGCUGCUGCCGCUGCCCUACGGAGACAUCCACCUCACCGUUCAGAGAAACAGAAGCUACACGACGCUGCAGGAAGAAGCCCUCAAAGUGUUCAGCUCUCUGCAGCACCUGGAGGGCGUGGCUGACCCGAUCCCCAUCAUCCAGGGCAUCCUGCAGACCGGCCAGGAGCUCAAACCUCUGCGGGACGAGCUCUUCUGUCAGCUGAUCAAGCAGACGACGCGGCCGCCGCAGCCCGGCAGCCCGGGGAACCUCUGCAGCUGGAAGAUCCUGGCCUGCAUGUCCUGCACCUUCAUCCCCACCAGGAGCAUCCUCAGAUACCUCAAGUUCCACCUGAAGAGGACUCGAGAGCUCUUCCCCGGUUCAGAGAUGGAACGUUACGCCGCCUUCGCCCUCGACUCCCUGAGGAAGACUCGAGCCAGAGAGAACGUCCCGUCACAGGAGGAGAUCCGCUCCAUCGUGGCCCGGCAGGACAUGAGCACCACCGUCCACUGUCACGGAGGAGGAUCCUGCAAGAUCACCAUCAACUCACACACAACAGCCGGAGAGGUGGUGGAGAAGUUGAUCCGCGGUCUGGCCAUGGAGGACAGCAGGAACAUGUUCGCUCUGUUUGAACACAACGACACCACAGAGAAAGCCAUCGAGAGCCGCAUGGUGGUGGCCGACGUGCUCGCCAAGUUUGAAAAACUUUCAGCCAGCGCAGACGAACACAACACUGGCUGGAAGUUUUACUUCAAGCUCUACUGCUUCCUGGACACAGAAAAUGUUCCCAAAGACAGCGUGGAGUUCGCCUUCAUGUUUGAACAGGCCCAUGAAGCCGUCAUCCGGGGUCAGUAUCCGGCCCCUGAGGAGACGCUUCAGUUCCUGGCUGCCCUCAGACUUCAGUACCUCCUGGGCGAUCACAGCUCUCAGGCCACCUUACCCGAAAUGUCCCAGGUGUUCCCCAUGACGCGACUGCGGGCCCGGGUGCAGAACUCGGCCAAGACAUUUGCUCCGGGCACCGGCUCCGUCGCAGAACGCCCGGGGACGGCGGAGAGGAAACGCUCGAGCUUCCUGGAGGGAACGCUGAGGCGGAGCUUCAGGAGCGGCUCGCUGAGUCGGCAGAAGCUGGAGGAGGAGAACAGCCUGGAGGCGUGGAUGAGGGAGGAGGCGGCGGCGGUGAGAAUCAGCGUCAUAGACAAGUGGAAGAAACUGCAGGGGAUGAACCAGGAGCAGGCCAUGGUUAAAUACAUGGCCCUGGUGAAGGAGUGGCAGGGCUACGGAUCCACGCUGUUCAACGUGGAGAGUCGGGACGGAGCGUUCCCUGCUGAUCUGUGGCUGGGCGUGAGCAGAGAGGCCAUAUCGGUGUACAAACGCGGGGAGCCGUGGCCGCUGGAGGUUUUCCCCUACGAACAGAUUCUGUCGUUCGGAGCGCCGCUGCCCAACGCCUACAAGAUCGCCGUGGAGGGCCGAGAGCUGGUGUUUGAAACGCAAAUGGUCAUGGACAUCGCCAAGCUCAUGAAGGCCUACAUCAGCAUGAUCGUCAAGAAGCGCUACAGCAACUGCCAGUCCGUCAGCAGCCACGGCAGCCAGUGCAGCGCCUGGUGAACUCCGACCUUUAACCUUUGAACUCAUGGCCACUUGCCGGAGCGCCACAGAGGUUCGAGCGUGGCCGCCGGCCGCCCGUCCUCGCCGCUCUGGAGGGAGCAGCUCGAACAUUUAAACAUGUCAGACUGACUCUGAAUGCUGGAGACAAAACCACGAUGCUCUUAAUGUUGACUAGCUCAAAUUCUUUUCUUUUUUUUGUGGCCGGUUUCAUUCCAAAACAUUAAACAUCCACACCUGAGAGUCAGCCGUCGGUUCAGGCUGCAGGGAGCAGAUCAUGACUAACUUCUUUCACCCUGAAAGGAGAAUUUCAGACAGAAAACACUGAGCUGAAGUUUGAAUCACGUCUUCGGCUGCCAGCUUUUCAAAACUCUCAGACCAACAGUGCAAACUAACAAAGCCCAGAAGUUAUCAGAGGGAUAAUCUGAUAAACUAACUUUGAUAUUCUCAUGUACAUUGUCGCAAUUUACUGAUUUACCUCAAGAACCUUGAAUCUAAGGUUUAAUGACAGUGAAGACGUGUACAGAGUUAGUCUUGUACAGCAGAAGAGUGUCCGUGCAUUUUUGUCCAAUGUCACAACAAAAGUCUCAAAUGAUUCAACAACAACGUCUCCUCCCGACACCAGCCGGGCUCCUAAGAAAAGCCAAAUACAAAACUUUAAAGAAUCCAACCUCUCCACUGUUUCUCAGACCAAAGACAACCAGCUGACGGUGAAACACAACCUUGUGUCACUCUGCAGGUGUGGAUGUGUCUCGUUUUGGAGUAAAACAGCUCGUUUCCUCCUGAUGCUGUGGGACCACGAGGACUACAAGGUUGCUGCAGGAUGGAGCUGUUGGUUACCGAGGUUUUUGUUUGUGUGUGUGUGUGUGAAUGUGAGUUUUAAGAGAGCUGUGUCCUCAUGUUUGAAUGUUAAAGAAAAAAGAAAAGCAGACGACAGAGAAAAAGAAACUAGCCGGAGCCUGCGAGCCCCUUUUUUGCUCUGCUUUGAAAAACUCUGGGACUUGACCUUCUUCACAAACCUUCUCCAGGUUGACCUGUAAAUAAUAUGCAACUGUACUCGCCUCCAGCAUUUCAACUUCGUGACUGUCAGUGUUUUUGAUUGACGUGCUGAUGAUUCGAAGGUCACACAAGUGCCUGUUCAAACUACAGCAGGACGAACUCGAGUCAGCCUUCGUCUCGCUCGAUGCCACUCUUGUUUCUGUGUAGCCAGAAUCCAACGAGACGCUCCCGUUGUUCCCUUUAACUACCGAUGAACUUACACCGCAACAUCUGUCCAGCUGUUACUCAGGUCAUUCAAGCUGAACUCCAGUAGUAGGAAUCGAGUUUUCUAGCAACACAUCUGUCUUAAAACCGACGCCGAUGAGCAUCAACUCGUCCUGAUUCAACAGAUUUAUCACAUUAGCUCCUCAUAUCAACACAACACACCUUAAAUCUUCCAGACGAUCAACUCUGAGGCUUCUGACACUGUUAAAGCUUUACAACACUUGAAAAAAUGUUCAGCCUUGUCCCGCCCAUCUGCAUCAGAACAACAACCUUAUAGGUCGCCUGUGCAAGCAGCUCAUUAUGACACAUUUUUACAUUUCCUGUUUGGAGGCGACCUCUAGUGGCUGCAGUAGUUAUUACAGCAGCAAAGAAGGAAGUUCAGCUAACCUGAGCACAUGUUGUGUAGGAAAGUUAUGUCACAUGAUCUCAAGUUUUAAACACAGCUGGGUUUAAGAAUAUCUUCUACACCGGCUCCAGAGUCCAGACGACUGACGUCGGACCUUUUUGUAAAUCUAUACCUACUGUAAGAUUAUAUUAAUGUGUCCACAGAUUUUAGCUCACUUUUUAUACCGAAGUUAUAAAUCAUGCAGCAAAUAAUUGUGCUGGACCUCUUUAUGACAGUAUAGAUCGUAAAUUAAUGAAGUGCAUUGAUUUGUCAGUUACUGGCUGAUCCAGUGGAUGUAACUAAUAUAACAAAUAUUAAUUCACUGUUUCUAAAUUGAUUCUCUAGAAAAUCUAAAUUUAGAUUUAUCUUUUUAAUCCAAAUCACUCGCAACAAGAUCCAGAAUAAAGACAAGAAAUGUUGCUUUUUAAUCAAAAUCACUAAAACAAAUGUUUGCUGUUAUUUAAGAAAUGCAACACAACAACCACCUUGUAAAACUGAAAGAUCACAUUUAAAAAAUGUUCAUACAAACACAAGUAUGAUUCUCUACCGACCACGACCCAAAAGCUUCAAAUUAUCACCAAACGUCUGUACAUUUCACUUCCAUCGAGCCCUCGACGUGUGAUAUUUUAGGUAACUUAGACGCGACUGAUUGAAACAUUAGACAUUAGCAGCUGAUUCUGAUCUGGUGUCAGUUUGAAUGACCGGUUCUGUUGGACCGUUUGCUGGGUAACAUUCCUACAACAUUUCAGUGGAGCUCCGCGGGCGGCAGAUCCAUCCAAAGACGCGUGUGCAGGUUUCCCCCACAGUGCCUUGUUGUAUAUUGUGUACACUUAAUUUCCAUGUGUGGUUCCUUUUUAUUUUUUUUGGUAUAAUGUGCAAUGUUAUAUAUAUAAAUAUAUAUAUUCUAUAAUCAUGUGGCUGUACAUUUUAUACUGUAAGUCUUUGCCUUCUAUGUUUUUCUCCUGGAUGACGACCACAUGCCGAUUUUCUUGCUGUAUUUUUCUCGAGCUGACAUGAAACGGUGAUCUUGUUUUUUUAUCUGUAUUAGCUGUUUUAUGUAUUGAACGGAUGAUUCUAACAAUAAAUGGAUACAUAUUUGGUCUGAAGGUGAA